UACAUGCACACACACAUAUGUACACUAAGUUGUCCCACCGCGCAUGCACACCACAUUCACAAUCACAACCACCGCCGCGCACACCGCCACCUACCCGGCCCAGAUCCUGGAGAGCAACCCGCUGCUGGAGGCGUUCGGCAACGCCAAGACGCUGCGCAACAACAACAGCAGCCGCUUCGGCAAGUACUGCGAGAUAUUCUUCGACCCGGUCCCGCACCACCAGCGGCGCCGCCCGUGCGAGUGCGCCUCAUCCCAGCCCCCGCCCCUGCGCCCGUUGCGCAUGCCCGCAGCUAGCAUCAUUGCGACGCAAACGCCUCAUGCUGCCCGCCUCGUGGCGGGCCUGCGCGAACAUUCGCGCGAGAAGCACAAGUCGAAGUGCUAACCUGUCGCACUCGUCGCGUCAAUUGUGGAGCUUGAGCCCCUA